AUGACUUCCAAGUCUGCCAAGCUCUCAUGUUUGCUAUCUAACGUCGGGCUGUUAGCUAGCUAACGUUAGCUCGCUAGAGACCGAAUCAACUGAAAAGAUAAAACGUCGUCAUUGAGUAUAGCUAGCUAGAUUGUUAGCUUAUGCUUCUAACUAGCGCAUUAGUGCCACUUGCCCAGAAGGUUCGUUUUAGACAACGUAGCUAGCUGUGCUCCGCCCUACGUACUGUAACGUUACAAAGUUAGCUACGCUAGCAAGCUAGAUGUUGCCCCUCUUGGCGCAUGCGCGGCUACUAGGUAGGGCUCUCACAUGGCUAGCAACUAUUACCACAGAUUAAUAGGGGAAACGCUAUGAAUUAUCCUAGUUAUAAGUAUAUUUGAUUAUACCGUCUAUAUAGAGAGGUGAGCCAUCCUCUUUGUUAAUCAGCAGGAUAAUAACAUCAGUUAAAGUAGGAUGAUGAAGUAAUGUGGUAGGCUAUAAUACAUCUGUAAUCUAAUUUUCCUCUAUCCAGGCCUCUACCAUGGGUGAACCACAGCAAGUGAGUGCCCUGCCUCCCCCUCCCAUGCAGUACAUCAAGGAGUACACGGACGAGAACAUCCGCAAGGGGCUCGCCCCCAAACCCCCUCCUCCCAUCCGAGACACCUACAUGAUGUUCGGCAACCAGUUCCAGUGUGACGACCUGAUCAUCAGACCGCUGGAGAGCCAGGGCAUCGAGCGGCUCCACCCCAUGCAGUUCCACCACAAACGGGAGCUCAAGAAGCUCAACAUGUCCAUCCUGGUGAAUUUCUUGGAUCUCCUGGACAUCUUGAUCAAGAGCCCUGGCAGUAUAAAGAGAGAGGAGAAGCUGGAGGACCUGAAGCUGUUGUUUGUCCAUAUGCACCAUCUGAUCAAUGAGUACCGUCCGCACCAGGCCAGAGAGACCCUGAGGGUGAUGAUGGAAGUGCAGAAGAGACAGCGCCUAGAGACGGCAGAGAGGUUCCAGAAACAUCUGGAGAGGGUGGUAGAGAUGAUCCAGGGGUGCCUGGCCUCCCUGCCCCACGACCUGCCCCAGACUGAGGGCUCGAGUGGGGCAGGGGAUGGGGCGAGGGGUGGUGGGGCGUUGGGGUUGGCCGCCAGGCUAAAGACUGAACCCAUGGACGUGGAGGAGUCUGGGGCUAGCUGUAUGGCUGUUGGGCCACAACAGGACAAAAGCACGGGUGGUGCUGCUAAGAAAGACAGAGUAUGGGACAAGGAUGCAGCCAUGUGUAGUAUUAUCGAUGAGAUUGCCUGA